UAAAAAGUGAUUGUGCAUCCACUGCCCGUUCUCUCCUUUGUCAUGGUCCCGAUCACCCUUAUCCAAUCCCAAUACAUGCCAUGGGUUUUAAGUUGCUCAGGGUGCUAGCUGCUUUUGGAGUUCGAUUUUACGAUAUCCCAAUUGAAAUUUUGAAACUUGUUUGUCUGCAUUACCUUUCCCUUAAAUGCAACAGGGAACUCCCUCCUUCCAUAUCCAACCUUUUUCACCUUCAAUUCUUGAUUAUCAAUCCACAUAUAUACAUUAAAAAGAGUGGAGUUCAGCCUUAUAUGCCUGUGCAAAUUUGGGACAUGCAAGAACUAGAACAUCUUGAGAUUUGGGGAAGGGACAUACCAACCCCUAAUACUGAUGAUGAUGCCUUGAACAAACUCAUGACACUUAAUUGUGUGAGUGCAAACAGUUUUACUAGGGAAGUUCUCAAAAGAAUUCCUAAUUUAAAGAGAUUAAUGAUUGAAGUGGAGUUGAAGCCUUAUGAUGAUGAUGAUGAUGAUGAUGAUGAUGAUGAAAGAAACCCAUUGAGCUGCUUGGGUUAUAUCUCCCAACUCCUGAAUCUAGAGAAACUCUCAUAUUGGGUUAAUAAUCCUGAGAUAAAGUAUGAGUGUAAUACGAUUCCUCUUUCAAUGUUUCCAUCAAGUCUCACAGUGUUAUUGUUGUCUGGGUUAGGGGGGUAUCCUUGGAAUUAUAUGAAUGAUAUUGGUUCGCUGCUGCCAAAUCUCGAGAUUCUCAUGUUAUAUCAAUAUGCAUUUCGAGGCCCAGAGUGGGACAUAACACCGGGGAGUUUUUUGAAACUUAUUGAACUUUAAAUUGAAGACACCGAUAUGGUGCGAUGGAGACCUCAACGUGGAAGCUUCCCGGAGCUUCGUAGACUAAGCAUGCAACAUUGCUACAAAUUACAACAGCUCGAUUGGCCGUAUGACCACUCUUCGAUAGAGAUCAUUCAUUUACGCAAGUGCAAUCCAUUAGCUGUCGCUUGUGCCAAUGAAUUAAAAGACAAGUUUUCCUUUGACCUUUUCAUCGAAUCUUCUUUUUGAGGUCAAGUGAGUGUGCAACUUGCCUAACAGGUAAAUAAAAGAGCCGAUCGAAGGAUUUUGUCGAUGAUUAUGAAACCUGAGUGCUGAAUUGUGUUUGUAACCAAAAUUGUUUGAAAGUUGGAUUAGUGUGAAAACAUGUUUUACAAGUGAAGGGUACGUCGUCGUUUUGCAGUUCAGCCUAGCUUAUGUUGCUUCUGAAUGGAGAGUUGCUUCCCCUGCCGUAGGUGAGUCUCUAACUGCUCUCUGCGUUGGAUUUUUUAGUUUAAGAAUUUCUUCUUCACAAAAUAUUCGAAUCAAAAUACUAUAAAAAUAUUUUUUGAUAUAUAGCUUAAAUUUUUAAGAUUGUGGCAAUAUGCUAAUUAAUUUCUGGCUUCAUAUUUCAAAUUUAUGAGAUCCCUUAGUAGAAACUCAUCAAUGUGAACAUCUCUGUUGAGAUAAAAUCCCUGUUGAGUAUUUGGAUGAGCUUUUUCCAAUAGUCUUAUUGUCAUCUUAAUUUUGAGAACCCCAUGUUGUUGUUGUCUUCUUUUUUUUUCUUUUUUUUUUCUUUGAGGUUUAGUUUACAUUUUCAUUGAAAUUUAAUAGUACUAGUUUAUAUUUAUAAUAGAACUAGGGAUAAGCAAUUAUAACAACUAUAUAAUAUUUAUAAUAUAAGGAGCAUAUUCAUAACAAUUAUAAGGAGCACAAUUAUGUAACAAUCAUAUAUACUCAUAUUUUUAAUAUAAGGACGAACACAUUCAAAAAAUUAAUAACAAUUGCUACUAAGCCCAUGUUUGUUUGGGUAUUUUUGGUGGUUGAGAAGGGAUUCAAUUAAUUGAAUCAACUACUUGUUUGGUUUAGGUAAUGAGUUAACAAUUAUCCUUUAGAGGGUAAUUCAAUCACUCAAUUUGUUACCCUUCAAAAUAGAGGAAAAACAAAAGAAAGAGAAUAUCUUACUAGUAAUUUCUUUCCAUUGUUAAAUCAAACACUCAAUAAAAUAAUGACAUUUUGUUAUUUGAUUUCAUUCCACCCUUUUAUAUAAUUUCAUUCACUAUUAAUCUAACUCAUAAAAUAAUGGCAUGGUGCAUGGUGCUGUCUCCAAGAAUUAUUUCGAUUACUAACUACGGGAUUAUCUUUUGUUGCGCCUCACAGCAUAGUGUCGAAUGCGUACAAAUUUUCAGAACAGUUCAAAACAGGCCAGCAGGCCGAUGCUCAUGAAUUCCUUUCUGCGACACGGAGUGUACUAAUGGGGUGUCAUGGCCAUGGGGAUACACUCAUCAGAGAAGUGUUUGGUGGCAGUAUUUUAAACAAGUACAAAUGUCGUGGAUGUGGUAAUUUUAAGGAACAUUCAGAGAACAUGUUAGACCUGCAAUUACCUAUUACGAACGGUGCUGUCUGUUUCUGCGAUUUUUUGAAAGAUUACACAGAAGCGGAAAUACUUGACUAUCGCUGUGAAAAGUGCGGGACGAAUGGUAAAAAAACCACGCACAGCAUUCAGCUGGAUCAGCUGCCCCGUAUUUUGACCUUUCAUCUUAAGAGAGUUCAUGGUCAGCAGAAAAUCACAGGAAAACUGACACUUCCAUUGGAAUUGAACUUAGCUGAAUUCACAGUUACACAAAAUGUGAAGUGUGUUUAUAAUCUUUAUGCUUUUGUAGUACACAAGGGGACAGUGGAAUCAGGUCACUACUAUAGUUAUAUACGUGUAUCUGCCACUGAUUGGUAUAAAUUUAAUGAUGAGAGGAUUAAACGGGUAGAUGUAGAUCGUGUUCGCGUCCAGGAGCCGUAUAUUAUUUUCUAUGCCAAGGAGGGAACUCCCUGGUUUUCAGAGGCCACGCAAGGUCACAAGGCAUCUACUUCAUCACAACCAGCAGGGGAGACUUCAAAAAGGAUGAACUCAUCAUCUACUUCAUCAUCUACUUCAUCACAACCACCGGGGCCGGCCCUGAGGGCGGGCGGGCAUGGGCGACGGCCCAGGGCCCCAAAAAAUUGAGGGCCCAAUUUUUUUAAUAUAUCUCAUUAAUUAUAGGCUUUAUGUAUACUAAAAAAUAUUAGAUAACAUAAUUUAUUGUCAAAAAUUCAAAGUUCAAUUUAAAAUCAAUUUCUAAUUAAUUUGAUGAUAAUUUUGUAACA